AUAGUGACAAAUCGAGUGAGCUACAGAGCUAUGCAGGCCUGGUUUUUAAGUAAUGACUUCAAGGGCUCAGCUAUAGAGAUCAGGAGCAUAGAGGAGUUUUCUUGGUUGAAUGCUUCAUAUUCUCCUGUUGUUAAGCAACUGCUGGACUCAGAUGCAAGAGUGUACUAUUUCGGGGAACAGACAAGUCAAGAUACGAUUUCCGAGCCAAAAGUGAGAAACCCAAAGUACUUGUCAUUACUGAACCAUUUCAGAUUUUACAUUCCCGAGAUCUAUCCACAGCUAGAGAAGAUCGUUUUCCUAGAUGAUGAUGUUGUUGUUCAGAAAGAUUUGACUCCACUCUUCUCCUUGGAUCUCCAUGGAAACGUCAAUGGAGCUGUGGAAACAUGUCUUGAAGCCUUUCACCGUUAUUACAAGUAUCUAAAUUUCUCGAACCCUCUCAUCAGCUCAAAGUUCGACCCGCAAGCAUGUGGAUGGGCUUUUGGCAUGAACGUUUUUGAUCUGAUCGCUUGGAGGAAAGCGAACGUGACUGCUAGGUAUCAUUACUGGCAAGAGCAGAAUAGAGAACGAACGCUAUGGAAACUCGGGACACUCCCUCCAGGUCUACUGUCUUUCUAUGGUCUUACAGAGCCACUGGACAGAAGAUGGCAUGUCUUGGGUUUAGGUUACGAUGUAAACAUCGAUAACCGUCUGAUUGAAACCGCAGCUGUGAUUCACUAUAAUGGUAACAUGAAGCCUUGGCUAAAGCUGGCCAUUGGUAGGUAUAAACCUUUCUGGUUAAAGUUUUUGAACUCGAGCCAUCCUUAUUUACAAGAUUGUGUCACAGCUUGAAGCAAAAGGACUUUGAGAGUUGAGACUAAUCCAUAUCAGAAGAUUCUUGAUUGCUUAUACACUUUGAAGAUUCUUUUUUUCUCUUUUUUUGGAAUAUUGUAGAUCUCAGAAAGUUUGUCAUACAUUCAGAAUGUCCUUCUGAAGACUUGUUGUUUUCUUCUUAUGGUCCGAAGAGAAACUUAUAAUCACAUAUUAGAGGGUCCAUAAUGUAUUUACGGUUGAAUAGAUUACAGGGAUAAUUAUUUUUUGCGAGUUUCUAUUUUA